AUGAUCAUAGACAUUGCUCAUACGUCCAUGAUCCAUGCGGAUGCUCCCCAUUUUCUGUGGCUGUUUGUGGUUGAGUACGUAGCGCAUCAGAUCAACCUUCAGCCCCGGGUCUCUUUGCCAGAUGCCUCCCCCACCUUGUGGUGGACGGGGAAGGUUGGUGAUGCAUCUGCGUUUCGUGUCUGGGGAUCUCGGGCGAUUGUCCGCGACUUGUAUGCGGACAAGCUGUCCCCCCGUGCGGUUCCCGACGUCUUCCUUGGCUUCCCCCCUGACGCGCCUGGUUGGCAGUUUUACCACCCCACCUCGCGCCAUGGUCUGUCCUCCCAGGGCGUCACGUUUGACGAGUCGGUUCCUUACUACCGUCUCUUCCCCUACCGCACUGCACCCCUCCCCUCGCCGCCGCUCUUCCUUGCGCCAAGUCCCUCGCCGGUAGACCCCCUCCCCCCUCAGGGUCCUUCCCCGUCAGGUGUGUCCCAGGUAGACGCAGUCGAGCCUGUCAAGGUAGCUGUUGACUCUAGUACUGCUAGGGGUGCUGAGAGCCUGGGGGUGUUGAGCCUGUGGGUGCGGAGCCUGGGGGUGCUGGGUGUGCUCGUGUGGCCUCUGGCGGUGCUGGGUUUGGGGACCCUUCGGGUUCCUCGUCAAAGCGGGAGCUACCCUCUCCGCAGGAGCUGCGCGAGUGGUUUUCCCGGCGCUGGUGCCGUGCUGCAAGAGGUGGAGGUGCUGCUGUUACUGCUGACCCUGGGGUUGGCACUGAAGUUGCUGGAGCCAGUGGUCCUGGAGGAGCUUGUACUGGCGGUACUGGAGCUGCUGGGCCUUGGGGGUGGUGCUGAGACGGCUGGAGCUGACGCUGCUGGAGCUAGAGCUACUGGGGGUGUUGGCGCUGGAGGUGCUGCUAGCGCUGGUGCUUCUGAGGGUGCUGGAGUUGGCGCUGUUGGAGCUGGAGGUGCUGCUGGCGCUGGUGCUGCCGCUGGGGGUACGGGUGCUAUCCCUGCUGGUUCUAGAGGCGCUGCACGGCCGCGGCCGUACUUCAUUCCGCUCACUGAGCAGGUUCUUGCCCGCCUCCCCCCUACCUGCUCCUUCUCCCUACACUGGUCCCACUGGAGGUCUUGCUGA